AUGGUUCGACAGUGCACCAAGGGAUCCUGUCGUAAUUGUGGAAGAAAACACCAUACGCUGCUACAUACAUCCAACGAAUCCUCGAACAAUGCACCACAAUGUACCUCCGUUCCACAACCGACGAAUCGACCUACAGUAGACAGCCAACGCCACCAGACACAACAACCACAGACGAGACCGCAAAACCAGCUCACCACACAAUAUACAUGGCCGAGAGAACACGGUACAACAUCACUACAUGCUGCCCACACAUUGUCGCAUAACACUCACCCACAGCAAACCACAGACCAACACGUACCCCACACCAACCUCAUCGCACUUCCUGCGCACAGUAGUAUACCUACGUGUCAAAUUUUACUAUCUACCGCUAUUGUGCGCGUAACUGAUUGCUACGGUAACGAAAACCUCGUGAGAGCCUUGUUGGAUUCCGGCUCUCAACAUAGCUUCAUAACAUCAACCUGCUGUCGCAAUCUCAAACUGAAAGAGUUUCCAAACCAGAUGGUAAUACAAGGAAUCGGAACCCAUCGCAGUUCAUCUAAAGGAGUUGUGAAAGUGAACAUCAAACCUCGAAUGAUAUCAAUCUCCAAUUUCAACGAAGAAAUUUACUUCAACGUUCUUACAAAACUCACUAUUCCACUACCAUCUCAAAGCUUCGAUGUGAGUUAUUGGAAUAUUCCAGAAAACAUAAAUUUAGCAGACCCAGGUUUCUUUGAAAGCGGAGAGAUUGAUAUGAUCAUAGGAGCAGAAUUCUUCCUAGAUCUAUUGCAAGAUGGGAAAAUGAAAUUGUUCGACACUGGUCCGAUCAUCCAGAACACCUCACUCGGCUGGAUUGUUUCUGGGCCACUGCCAGAUCCACACGACCUGACAGCAACGACCGUUUCAUACGCCUGUUCGACAGCCGAACUUCAAGAUCAACUAAGCAAGUUUUGGGAACUGGAAACAUGCUACGUGAAAAGUACCAAUUCAAUCGAAGAAUCCGCGUGUGAGGAAAUGUUUAAUCAAACGACAACUAGAGAUGACAGUGGACGUUUUCGAGUAAGUCUCCCAAAGAAACAAGGCGUGAUCGAAAGGCUUGGAGAUUCAAGACGAAUUGCAGAGAAACGUUUUCUUAAUUUGGAGAAACGUUUCGCCGUCAACCCACAGCUUAAAAAGAUGUACUGUGAUUUCAUUUCUGAAUAUCGUUCCAUGGGUCACAUGGUUGAAGUCAAUGAAAGCGAUAUCAGUGACGUAGCAUAUUACAUGCCGCAUCAUGCAGUGUUGCGGCCAGAUUCUACAACAACGAAGCUACGUGUUGUUUUCGACGCGUCUUGUCGAACCACGUCAGGACUAUCACUCAACGAUGGCUUGAUGGUUGGGCCAACUGUGCAGGACGAUCUCAUGUCAAUAAUUUCACGUUUUCGCAUGCAUCAGGUGGCUAUAACGGCAGAUAUCGCCAAAAUGUAUAGGAUGGUCAACGUACAGAAAGAAGACCAUAGACUGCAAAGAAUCCUCUGGAGACAAAAUCCUGGUGAAAUGCUACGAGCUUUCGAGCUCACCACCGUAACGUACGGAACCGCUUCAGCUCCCUUUUUAGCAACACGAUGUUUGCAACAGCUCUCAAUCGAUGGAGAAUCUUCGCAUCCAAUUGCUGCAAAAAUUCUACGAAACGAUUUUUACGUAGACGAUCUAAUCACGGGGGUAGACGAGCCUGAGGAAGGAAAGCGUUUGGUAAUCGAAAUGAUUGAUCUUCUCAACACCGCUGGGUUUAUACUGAGAAAAUGGAAUUCAAAUUGUGAAAGUGUUAAAACUGAAAUUCCCGACGAUCUUCGAGAUGAUCGAAGCUUGAUUGCAAUUGAUGCAUCAUCCACCGUGAAAACUUUGGGUCUCACAUGGGAUCCGGUCAACGAUUGUUUCACAUUUUCAGUCCCAUUGUGGAACGAAUCUCCGAUUAUUACCAAGAGGAUAGUUUUGUCUGACGUUUCGAAAUUGUUUGACCCUUUAGGUCUCAUUGGUCCUGUUAUAGUGCAGGCAAAAAUUGUGGACGAUAGACAGUAA